GAGGGAAGCUGGGGUUCCUGUCACGUGACCCCUCCUCUGGGCUCCCUCACUGCCCUGCCUGGCUUGUCAGGAGUCUUCUGAGAAGGGGACUCCUCCAGGGACUCGGUCCCUAGGUCCCCAGAUGGGGAGACUGAGGCCGUGGCUGUGUCCCCCUCUGAGAGUUGGAGCGGGACUGGGCCCGAAUUCGACCCCAGCAGGAUUCUCUCUCAUUUCUGAGCCCGGGAGGCGGCAAAGCGGCAGACCAGGGCAAGUGGACUCUAGGGCUGCAGGAACCCAGGCCCCGACGCCGGCGCAGAGGGGAAGGACGGACCCGCCCCCAGCCCAGAGUGCACAGAGGCCAGGGCCAAGGCCUUGCGGCUCAUCCACCUGGGGCUUCAUAUCCCCCCCAUGGGCAGCCAGGCGCCCCAGCCUCCACCCACGCCUGCCGAGAUGCUGCCGCCGCGAUCGUUGCCAUCGGAGCGGGCCCCUGGGGUGCCGGAGCCCGAGGAGCUGUGGGAGGCAGAGAUGGAGCGGCUGCGCUGCUCCGGGACGCCCGUGCGCGGGCUGCCCUAUGCCAUGAUGGACAAGCGCCUCAUCUGGCAGCUGCGGGAGCCCGCGGGGGUGCAGACCUUGCGCUGGCAGAGGUGGCAGCGCCGGCGGCAGACGGUGGAAAGGCGCCUGCGGGAGGCAGCGCAGAGGCUGGCCCGGGGCCUUGGGCUCUGGGAGGCGGCGCUCUACGAGAUCGGGGGCCUCUUCGGCACCGGAAUCCGGUCCUACUUCACCUUCCUCCGCUUCCUGCUGCUACUCAACCUGCUGAGCCUGCUGCUCACCACAAGCUUCGUGCUGCUGCCCCUGGCCUGGCUCCGCCCCCCUGACCCAGGCCCCGCCCUGAACUUGACCCUCCAGUGCCCUGGCAGCCGCCAGUCCCAGCCUGGCGUUUUGAGGUUCCACAAUCAACUUUGGCAUGUUUUAACUGGCAGGGCCUUCACCAACACCUAUCUCUUCUAUGGUGCGUACCGAGUGGGGCCUGAGAGCAGCUCGGUGUACAGCAUCCACCUGGCCUACCUCCUCAGCCCGCUGGCCUGCCUGCUCCUCUGCUUCUGUGGGACUCUGCAGCGGAUGGUAAAGGGGCUGCCACAGAAGACUUUGCUGGGUCAGGGCUAUCAGGCACCUCUCAGCGCCAAGGUCUUCUCCUCCUGGGACUUCUGCAUCCGGGUGCAGGAAGCAGCCAUCAUCAAGAAGCAUGAGAUCAGCAACGAGUUCAAGGUGGAGCUGGAGGAGGGCCGUCGCUUCCAGCUGAUGCAGCAGCAGACUCAGGCCCAGAGGGCCUGCCACCUGCUCUCCUACCUGCGGGUCAACAUACUCAUCGGGCUUCUGGUGGUUGGGGCCAUCAGCGCCAUCUUCUGGGCAACCAAGUACUCACAGGACAACAAGGAGGAGUCCCUGUUUCUGCUGCUCCAGUACCUGCCCCCUGGGGUCAUCGCCCUGGUCAACUUCCUGGGUCCCCUGCUGUUCACAUUCCUGGUCCAGCUGGAGAACUACCCUCCCAACACAGAGGUCAAUCUCACGCUGAUCUGGUGCGUGGUGCUGAAGCUGGCCAGCUUGGGGAUGUUCUCCUUCUCCCUGGGUCAGACCAUACUGUGCAUUGGCAGAGACAAGACCAGCUGUGAGUCCUACGGCUACAACGCUUGUGACUAUCAGGUGGCUGGCAGCCCGGCGGAGCCUGUCUCUCCCUUCCUUCUCCCCAAAAGCUCCCCUCAAACUGUGCAGAGCCCUGUUCCUGCCCCUUUAGUCACCUUUGAGAGAAGCUGUGAGCAGGACUGCCUGCACCAUGGCACACCUCCAGGGGGCGCCACUGCUGCCACAUGGUGUAGCGUGGCUGUCCUGGCUGUGGGGCUUCCUGCUCUAAUCCCAUCCUCAAGGCCUGGGUUUCAACCUAACGAUUCUAUCAGACACCAGGCAAGGCACCUGUACCACAGAGACCCCCCACAGGAGGCUAAGGGAAGGGAGGGCCGGGGGGCCGUGAGUGGUGACAGGUCCCCUUCCCCUGCACCCCAGUGCUGGGAGAACUCCGUGGGGGAGGAGCUGUACAAGCUGAGUAUCUUCAACUUCCUCCUCACCGUGGCCUUCGCCUUCCUGGUCACCCUGCCUCGGAGGCUGCUGGUGGACCGAUUCUCAGGCCGGUUCUGGGCCUGGCUGGAACGAGAGGAGUUCCUGGUCCCCAAGAAUGUGCUGGACAUCGUGGCGGGGCAGACGGUCACCUGGAUGGGCCUCUUCUACUGCCCCCUGCUGCCCCUGCUGAAUAGCGUCUUCCUCUUCCUCACCUUCUACAUCAAGAAGUACACCCUCCUGAAGAACUCCAGGGCAUCUUCAAGGCCCUUCCGCGCCUCCAGCUCCACCUUCUUCUUCCAGCUGGUGCUCCUCCUGGGCCUGCUUCUGGCUGCAGUGCCCCUGGGCUAUGUGGUUAGCAGCAUCCACUCCUCCUGGGACUGCGGCCUCUUCACCAACUAUUCAGCCCCCUGGCAAGUGGUCCCGGAGCUGGUGGCCCUUGGGCUCCCACCCAUUGGCCAGCGUGCCCUCCACUACCUGGGCUCCCAUGCCUUCAGCUUCCCCCUCCUCAUCAUGCUCAGGUGCUCAGGGCAGCAGGGGCCAUGGGAGGGGGCACCUGGAGGGAAAGGUCCUUCCUUCCAUAGGGGUGGUGAGCCUGUGCACCCCCAACCAGGAGCCAGAUGCAGAAAGCCAAGGGAAGCAGGGUCCCCUGAAAGCCUCGUCCUGACGGUGUGCAUCUCCCAGACCCAGGCCAAUGCCAGGGACAUCCACAGGCUCCGGAAGCAGCUGGUGUGGCAGGUUCAGGAGAAGUGGCACCUGGUGGAGGACCUGUCACGACUGCUGCCGGAGCCAGGCUCAAGCGACUCUCCGGGCCCCAAGUCCCCUGGCUCCCAAGCUUCGCGCCCUCGGUCCUUCUGCCCCGGAUUCCCAUGCCCUGGCUCCCCGGGCCCCCGGGCCCCGCCGCCGGGCCCCUCCGUUGUGGGUGCCGCGGGACUGCGUUCCACUUGCCCGGGACCGCACGGUACCCCGGCCUCCGCCCGUAGAUUCCGCUUCCCCAGCGUCGCAGAGCUGUAACCCCGAUCCCUGCCUCCCCGGAGCCUCCCUGGGGUCCCUCCAGGCCUCCUUACUCCAUCUUCCAGGCCCCUGGCGACCACCGCCCUCUUCAGUGGCUCCAGGGCCUCCCUCAGGGGUCCCCAAAGAUGGACGCACACACCCUAGGGGCAGCAGGAAGAACAUAUGGGAAUUUUCUCUUUAUAUUUUGAUCUCAUCCCUUUAAAAUGUCUAUUUUUUAUUAUGUUUUUUAUAAUAUACAUAAUCUAUUAGUAUAGUAUCUCAUGAAUGCAGUUUUUUUCUAGAGUGUGUUCUGACGUUUUUUAGAACCAUGAGUGUAAUUUAUACACAUACAUCUAUUGGGAAUCCUCAGAAGUUGUUUACUGAUGGAAGCACCUUCAGAAGAGUCUGGGGACCACUUCCUAAGGAAGGAAAGAGCUGGCCACAGUUAGAGCAAGCCUGCCUGGGGCGCCUGCUCUGUGUUCCAGAGCAAACUGCCUGCAUCAUCCCCUCCUGUUACUCUCCCUUCACCUAAGACAGUCAAGCCACAGCGUCAGCCGGGGCCGGAGCUGGGAUUUGAACCCAGGCACUCAGGCUGCAGAGCCACACUGCCCCAGCGUGGGGCUUAGAGGCUGCUCCUGGCUCAGCUUUUCCCUAGCGAGAAUCCUCUCCGUCCAGUCUUAUAACUUAGCAGCCUCACAUCCACAGAGCUGCCUUGGAAAACUCAAUAGAGCCCUGGCUUCCUGCAGAGCCCUGUUCUCCCAGCCUGCUUCAUGGCUCCCUGGUUGAGAGCCAAGCUUGCGGAUCUGUGGCGUGAGGGUACCCGCACUGCCUGGGCCUUAGUGGUAUGUACGGGCCUCCACUGUGGGCAGCAGCCAGGGGCCCAGGCAGGUGAGGCAGCUGACCACAAGGGCAGGGCUGGGUCCCCUCCCAAGGCUGUGCCUGAUAUUCUUGAGGCUGUUCAAGGUUCCUUUUCCAAGCCUCCUGUUCUCCCACCCCCACCCCUGCCAUGCUGCAGUGACUCUAAAUAUGUGGUUCUCAGCCUUGGCGAACACCUGAGUAGCUGCUACAAGCUGGCCGCAGCCCAGCGACUCUGAUGUGGUUGGUCCAGCAGCCAGGGCAUCGGGACUUUUCGAAGCUCCCAGGUGACUCACCGGCAGCUGGGGAUGCGAAGUGUCAGGAAGGAAGGUCAGAAGUCCCAGGAUGCACUUGAAAAGCCUCUAGCUCCACCAGUGACCAGCUCCUGGCCAGACUCCUGGCCUGGACUCAGCAUCCGGGAGGCUCUGGCCUCUCACCCUCAGGGCUGGGGGCUUCUUCACAUGGUCAUCAAAGACUUGGCCAGUUCCGCCUCUCCUGUAGCCAUCCUUGUCUCACCCAGCAUCACACGACCCAUCAGUUCACCAGCAAACAUGGUGAAGUGCUGCUGGUGCUGGGCCCUGUGCUGGGGUUAAGGGUUCUCUGGACCUCAUCUGGCGAUGAGAGAAAGAGGGAAACGGUGAGCUCUGUGUUCCGUCAGGGGGGAGCGACAAGUCUGGACCAGAUAAAAGUGACUCAUGUUGUUAAUUAGCAGCUUACGACGGCCAAAGGUGGCCCCUGGACCAGUGGCCUCAGCAUCACCUGGGAAAAGGUUAGAAAUGCACAUUCCCAGGUGCACCUCAGCCUCCUGAAUCAGAGCAGCCCUUUGGCAAACCGUACUGAGAACCAACCGCAUACAUCACCAAGCACUGUGAACAAGAAAAGCUUUGAGACCUUGAAGGAAUCAUCAAACUCUGGGCCUCGGUGUGCUCACCCAGGGCAAGACAAAGACGCUGUGCUCCUCCAAGUGGCCUCCAAGAUUAAAUGAGCAAUACUUUU